CGCCAGAUGUCUCCACCUUAUUGUUGUCGUUCCGCGAGUCAUCGUCAUGUCGGCCUCAAGCUACGACCGCGCUAUCACCGUUUUCAGCCCCGAUGGCCAUCUUUUCCAGGUGGAAUAUGCACAGGAGGCUGUCAAGAAGGGAUCGACGGCUGUGGGUGUGAAAGGCAAAGAUGUUGUCGUUCUGUGUGUAGAGAAGAAAUCUGUUCCAAAGCUACAGGAAGAGCGCACAGUGAGAAAGAUCUGUCUCUUGGAUGACCAUGUGCUGAUGGCAUUUGCAGGUCUUACAGCAGAUGCAAGAAUUUUGGUUAACAGGGCCAGAGUUGAGUGUCAGUCUCACAAGCUAACUGUGGAAGACCCUGUCACUCUGGAAUAUAUUACAAGAUUCAUUGCCACAUUGAAGCAGAGGUACACACAAAGCAAUGGCCGUCGACCUUUUGGUACCUCAUGUCUUAUUGCUGGAUUUGACAUGGAUGGAACACCCCAUUUAUAUCUGACAGAUCCCUCUGGCACAUAUACAGAGUGGCAGGCCAAUGCCACAGGUCGGAGUGCAAAGACUGUGCGAGAAUUCUUGGAGAAGCAUUACACUGAAGAGGUAGUCUCAACAGAGGCAGGAGCCAUCAAACUAGUAGUUAAGGCAUUGCUAGAAGUGGUCCAAUCUGGGGCUAAAAAUGUAGAAGUCGCAAUCAUGAAGCCCAAUGAGCCAAUGAGG